CGGAAUUGCCCGAGGAAUUGAUUUCGGGAGUUCUCGUUUUAUUUCCAAGAAGUCGUAAUAGGUUGUUGUUGCCAAUGUUGGCUUCGACAGUGGAUUGUGUAACGAUUGUCGUCUGACAUAUUUGUUAUGUGUUGUUUGUAACAUUAUGGGCUCUACGCCCAUCCGUACGGUUAUUUAUCAGCUGAAGAACAAUUCGAGUAGUGUGGUGUGGUCUUGUUGUCGUAACGUGACUCUGUUUAGGGGACAUUCCAACAAGUUGGGGCUUACCUUCAAAACUAUCUGUGAGCAGGCUGGAAUUGACAACUGUACGCUGAUCACCCGAAUCAAAGAGACAUGUGAAUAUACUGGGGAACUAAACGUGUCCGACAGAAUCCUUGCAAUCAAUGAUAUCUGCAUAGCCGGCUUCUCCGAAUCAGAAGUCUCCGAAAUUUUUGAAGACCUAGAUGUCUCUGAAUACCAUCUCGUUGUCCAAUCGGUCAAGCUAGGAACCGAUGACAGAACAGCUAGCGAAAUGUCAUCGGAGUAUCUUCUUCCGAAGGUCAAGCGUAACAUGUCCUCGACAAGCUCGCACGGUGCGACAUCGCAGGGCUCCGUAGACCGGCCCAAGAGCUCCGGCGCGAACAAGAAGUUAGCGAAAAGCAGCAGCAGCAGUCUCGAACACGACCAUCCGGUUUCACCGAGCGUCGUUUCUCCUUUUGAAAGGAGCAUCGUCAAGCCAACACCGGCACCAGGUCACAAGAAGAACGCAGAACACAGUGUCGCUCAUGCGUAUCAUCCCCUCGUUGACAUAGAUCAGAUCACGGGUCGAAGCGACGGCACUGCUGCGUCUGCCGGGGCCCACGUCUUCUGCCAGGCGGACGUCCGGCCGCCGGGAGUCCCCAUGCCUCACCAGUGGAACUGGGCCGGCCACGAGACCAGCUACUCCUACAACCGGACCCAGUCCCUCCCCGUGUCAUGCGAUGAGGACAUAGGUCUGGAGGAGAUCACGUGCGAGGUGCAGUCUCUGCCCCUGCAGUCCGGAGCUGCUAACCAGUCGGGUACUGCGGCUCCUAGCUCUUUCUACAGCCAGGACAGCGGGCUGGGAGGAUCCAAGCUGCAGGAGCCUGGGCAGCUGGAUAUCCCUGUGUGCAGGACCCAGCUGUGUCAAGUGCAGCACUGUCUCUGGCACAUGGCAGUGCUGAAGUUUCCGCAGCACGUGAUCUGGGAUCCAGGCACAAAAACGGUCAUGCUGGAGAAGAAUCCACAGACGGCAUACGGAUUUCACUACAAGAUUAAAAUUCAUGUUCACCCACGUGAGACAUGCAUGUAUGCCCUUGUUGAUAAAGUGGAAAAGGUAAAGCCAGCUUUCGGAAAACUGGAAAUCGGCGACUGGAUCAGGUCUGUUAAUGGUCAUGCUCUUCAGUCCAUGGAGGCUGACUCUUUGAAUAUUAUCAUUCACAAGUCCAGCUCACUGAGACUGGUGAUUCAGCGCCCAACUGGAAUAUCCCAAAAAGGUUCCACCAGCAUCAAAGGGAUGUUGAAGAAUCUCCGACCACUUCAAAUGCCACAUAGGCCAAAAACCAAAUCAUCGCCAGGUCCAUUGAGACACCCGUCGACCAUGGGCCAGCGGACUUCCACUGGGAUCACGAACCUGUCCCCGAGGGUGGUGUCUCCCUUAGCCAGUUGUCCCGCGGGUCAGGUUCAAAGCUGUAAGUGCUGUGGGCAGGACAGAGGCUUGUCUCCGGAUCGGAUGAUUAGUAACCCGUUGUCUAGUUCGACAUCGUCAGUAGAUAACAGUGUAAGGGCUGUGAGUCCAACCAAUGGGUUGCCCUUGAACGCGCCUAUGGAGUUACCCAUACCAAAAGUGAGGAUUUUUAUAUGUGGCAACAAAAGUAAUGUCUUUGCAAACUUACUGGUGAUGGGGGCCUCCGAGGAAGCGAGGAUUCCUUUGGAAUCUCAUGUGCAUUACUCAAGACUCUGUCUUAGGAAGAACGAUCAAUCGAGAGUGACGUUUGAUAAAUGGCAGUUCGGGUUGACUGAAAACCGAGACAAAAGUGUCGCACCGGAUUCCCCACAAAACACUACCACCAAUCAGUGGUUGAGUUUCCCAAAUGUCAAGCAGAUCAGUGCCGAUAUUUUUAUAAUAUGGGAUGAGAAUUUCUUUCAUCACUGCAGUCAUUUUCUCUUUACUAAGAACUCGGUGUUUCUGAUCGCCUUCGAUGCCCACAAAUUGCUAAAUCUUGCCUCGACUGAGAUAUCGCGCAUAGAGAACAUCCUUCACACCAUUCGGAGCUUUGCGAGUGACUCCGCGCUGGUUCAACUUCAUGGAAUACUAUCGAGCGAGACGGUGAAAGCCGAUGAAGUUCGCACGUUGUUCUACACGUCUCACGGCAAACAACUAGGCAGGUAUGCCAUCUCCAUCCCCGAUAUUGUUUUCCUGCAGAAGGACGAGGACUUGAGCGUCCUCGACGGAUUGCGCAGUUCCAUCUUCGAUAUUGCCAAUUCGUCUUGUACCACGCAGUCUGUGUCGAUGAAGUCAUUGCAGCUGUCCGAGGCUCUGUCUGGAACGGAAGGUCGGACGAGGUGUGUCUGGAGUUCGGAGGACCUCGCAGUGCUGCUUCAGUCGGUGUAUGACAAGAAUUUCCUGCAGAGGUCCACGGCCCAAGAGUUGAUUCAGCUUGGAGAUCUGGUGCCUGUGUCCAUCUCCGGCCAUUCCGGAUCUGACCAAUACAUCAUUCCAGUGGACAUCCUCCCACGACUGGCUCAUCUCGUUCUGUGGGCAGGUGUGGAAACUUCACCCAACUCGAUGAGCAUCUCGGCUAUAGAAGCCUGGACCAAGCUGCUCACCACAGCAACCUUGACACACGGCGAACUUCGGCUUCUGUUGGACAAGAACAUUGUGGAUAGUGCCACGUUCAUCACCUGUUUGGAGAGUCUCGGCAUCAUAUUCAAGAUUUCGCCGCCAUCGUCGGGAGCGACCUCCGCCGGUACAUCAUACCUGAUUCCGUACUUCCUGGUCGACUGUCAUCCGUCGGAGCAGGUUCCGGAGCAGGAGUCAAGUCACGAACUGUUCGUGGGCUUCAAGAAGAGGAUCCCGUGGGUGACGUUCUUCCGGAUAGUGUCGAGCCUGGGUCUGGUGGCGGAGAGCAGCACCGUCAAGAUGAGUGGCCCAUGCUGCUGCUCCGUUGUGUUGGAAGGUGUUCCCGUGACGCUGGUCUUCCUCAAGACCCUCGACCGAGUCACGAUACUCAUACAGAAAGGCCAUGGCACACCUAAGGAAAGGGUUGCCCUUGAUGUGAUGCGGAAGGUGCUGGUUUCCAGUUUGCCGAGAGAUGAGGACUGUAUAUUUGGACCAGCGUGUCCUCUGACGGAUAACCACCGCGGAAGUACGGGCCACGCACUGGACAUGUCCUGUGCCUCAAACAUCACCUGUUCUGGUCUUCUGCUUGAUCAGCAUCCAACAGUUCGACUGUGGCUGUCAUCGGGAAGUCAAGACAAUAGCGAGAAUAUUACCGCUGGUUACAGCAAUGAGGAUAAGUUGAAGCAAAGCUUCAUGACUCUGCCAUUCUCAGUUUUCCAAAAGGUCAUUACCAGACUGACAAUUAAACAUAGCAAUGACUGGAAAGACCUGGCAGCUCGUAUAGGUAAAACCUUGGACGAUGUUAUGGUGUAUGAAGCUGUAGCCGUAAACCACUUGCCAGCAGAGGAACUACUCAAAGAGUGGGGCCGGUCUUCAGAAGGCACGAUCGCCAAUCUUCUACAGGCACUGAAGGACAUGGACAGACCGGACAUAUACGACCACAUAACAGAAUAUUUGCAGCAGUGAAAGCCAAAAGUAUAGAAUCGGGUUGUUGUUGUUUUUUAUGUCAUAUAGAACUUAUAAAACUUUAAAAACUUAAGCAGAGGCCUUAAUAUAGGCGUAUUCCUGUUGGCUGAUCCCAAAACUGCAAAUGUGGCAGUGAUAAAAUAUUGUUUAAACCAACUUUAAAAUAUAGUCUCAAGGCUUUAAAAUCAAAAUCUCAUCUGUACCGAAAGCGUAUAGUUGAAGCCUUACGGCUUCAAAGCCUUCACUCAAGGCUUUAAAAUUAAAAUCUCAUCUGUACCGAAAGCAUGUACUUAAGCCUUAAGACUUCAAAGCCUGAACUUAAGGCUUUAAAAUUAAAAUCUUAGCUGUACAAAUGGCAUUAUAACCGAAGUGUGGAGACCUUGCUAAAAUAUCGCGUCUGGACAUAAUUUUUUUUAUAACUGAGGCCUCAUGUCUGUACUCGGCUAUAGGAAACAACAUGAAGUGCAUAAACCAGUUUAAAGUCUGAAACGCAUUGUAAACAACUGAUACUUUCUAGUACACUGUACUUAAAUUGCUUUUCUGCCUUUAAUUACCGUGAAAGUUUCUCUACAUUUUAUCCAGGCAAAAAUUACAAUGAUACAGAUUCCACAUACUAUUACUAGAUUGUAACCAUGUUAUUUAUAUCAUCUUCACUGAGAUCAUCUGCCAUUUUGUUUUCUUUAUGGAAUACUCUUCAAUGAGGAGGGGUAGAAGCCUCCAAAGUAUGUGACAUAAUUAAUCUGAUGUCAUGUCUAUCAUUUUAUACCUUAGCACAUGCUAUGACGUUGUUAGAUUAGAUCAUCAGCACAUCCUCCCACCCUCUUGAAGUGUAUUCCAUUAAAAAAAAGAAGCAAAAAUGGCAGUUGGCAGUUCUGUUUUUGGGCGAAGACUGCACCUACAUCACUUCAGUGUUUUUUUUUUUUUUUUAUGGUUUUAUAAAUUUUCUGCAUCAUUCACAUUUAAUGCUCUCCAAGCAGUCACAUCUUGAGUAUCUCUUGACAUUCGGACAACUAAUAACACACUGUGUGUACAACAGUGAAUAUUCUAAGCAGGGAAUUAACUUUAGCAAGAAGUACCACAGUGUUGUAUUAGGACCACAGGGCUCUAACUUAACAAUGCCACCGGCCGCCAUUAAGAUAUAAAUUGCUGUGGGUAGAGAGCAUCACUGAUGGCAUAAAAGUGCCAUUGGUAAUGCUGCUCAACAAUGGCAAAAUGUAUAUACCUGUUGUACAUUAUCUUCCAAUAUUUAACAUUUGCAUAUUUGAAAUAUGUCUACAAUACAUAUAGCAAAAUAACCUUUCAGUCCUGUUUAUUUGCUACAAAUGUCACUUUUAAAAACAAUUGCCAUAGGCAGGCUCAAAAUGGCCAAUUGCUGUGGGAGAUAAAUAAGUUGUUAAUUUUUACCCUAAGUAUUAUAGAUGUUGCAAAAAGCUGAAAUUAAGUUUCAGAAAGAAGUACCACAAUGUUGUAUUAGCACCAUGGACAUUUAAUAAACAUGUUAAUUUUUACUCCAAAUAUUAUGGAUGUUGUAAAAGAAAAGCUGAAAUUAAGUUUCAGAAAGAAGUACCACAAUGUUGUAUUAGCACCAUGGACAUUUAAUAAACAUGUUAAUUUUUACUCCAA